UUGUAGACCGCACAUUCAUUUAGACAUAAAAGACGGCUAAAACGCGAAAAUGUUAUUUUAAUGAACUUGAAACGAACGAACAAAAAAUGUCGAAAUUGCAACCGAAAUAUUAAAAAUAAUGUCGAAAAUAAAUAAUUUCAAAAUAAUUUAACACACUUUAAUGAAAAAUACAACAAGUAAUGAAGCAGCGAGUGGCAAAACUGAAGUGUACCAUUUUCCUAGAUACAAUACAAGCAGUUUGAAAGUCAUUGGAUAUUCCGGCUUUAAAAACAAUAAUAAAAAAUAUGGCCAACUAAAAAUAAAGAGUUUAUAUUAGGACUGAGUGAACACAUUUAAAGGACUACUGUUCUCUUAAAUAUAAAUAAAUAGUAUUUUGGUUGCAAGCUCUUAAAUACACUUGUCAAAUAUUUUACUAAAUGAAAUAGAAGGAAAACAUAAGUAAAUUUUCAACCCCUGUGGUGAAACUUGUGCUCUUUUCAAUCGUCCGUUCUCUCUAUACUCCUUCUACUACGAUAUAUGAAGGAAUUUUUUGUGUGUAUGUUUUGUUUUACGCUUUAGUAAGAUGGGUCUAAAUGAUUUUGUUUCAUUAUUCUAUGGUUCAGCUCAGAACCUUAACACGUCGUCCUCGUCAUCAACGUUUUUGUCGUCCUCCUCAACAGAUGUUGAAAAUCCAUUAACGUUUAAUCAAGCAAGUACAACACUGGAAAUGUUAAAAAAUCACAAAAAUUCUAAAUUGCCAAAAUUUAAUUUAAAUGAUUUUUCCACAAGUGAUGUGAAAUUUUCGCGAAAUAUGACUUUGACAUCAAUAAAAACACCACGACAAAAAGGAAUAAUAUUAAGUGGUGGUGAAAAUUGUAAUAGUAUUAGUGGUGGCAAAAGUGGUAGAAAUAAUAGAAAUGCAACGAGUACAAGUGCAAUACACAAACUUCAUUCAUCUUCUUCAUCUGUAUCUUUGUCAACAGUACAAACAAAUGCCAAAACUACUGCGAGUACUGCACUGUAUGCAGCUUCAGUAUCCACAACUGGUAAUUUACCGUCAACAACGACAACAACUUCCGUAGCAGUCGCUCAUACGUGCCCUAGUACCAACGAAAUGGAUUUGCUAAAAGCUCCUGGUCUACGCAAGAAAUCAUCAUUUUUGUGGAAUUCUUUUCGUAUGCCACGCAAACAAAAAGGAGAUCAUAAUCGCAUAUUGAAUCAAACAAUUACAACAUCAACAAGCAACAAUAAAGCAAUUAGCAAACCGGAAACAUCGUCAGAAACUACUUCCGAGCAUCAGGAGAUUGGUGGUAGCAACGUUGUUGUGAACAUUAAUAAUAACAAUAACAUACAUGAGAAAUCUACGACAGCAAGUACAAGGACAAAUUCUAGAACAUCAUCACCGACAAUACUAACAAAUGCAACAAACACAACAAUAAUAAAUAAUAAGAAAACACCCGCCUCGCCAGCUGUAACAGCAUCCAACAAUUCAAUUGAAAAGAAACUUCAUUCAAAACUUCCAAAUUCCUCUACAACAUCCUCCACCACAUCAGCAGGUCGCAAAUUGCUAUUGCAAAAGCAACAUCAACAAUUGUCGGAUGAUACAAUCACCAAUAAUUCGUCGCUGGAAUUGAAUAAUGAAUUACAACAAUUGAAAUGUCUAAAUCGUCAUUCUUAUAAUGGGUCAUUCAACUAUAAGACAUUUGAGCAGCAACAACACCAGCUCCAAGAAUUACAAAAACAAACGGAACAUCAGGCCAAAAGUACAGAAGCACUAGGAGUGCUAUUACAAUACUUGGUCUAUGAUCUGGAUGCUUUUGCUUGUCCUUCUUUGAAAACGGAAAGUUUGAAAACUAAAGACAAAUUAAAAAAAACUUUACUCUUACUCGAUGAAGCCAAACAUGUUUGCUCCGAAUUACAGGACCAGUUGGGUGACAAAGAUGUCUACUAUACACAAAGAGAAAAUGAACUCCAGGCCUUACAUCGCUGUGAAUUGGAAAAAGCUCGAUCAAAUCUUGUGGAAUUUCAAACCAUGGCCAAACAACAAAUUUCUUCUUUGGAAGCUCAAUUACAAAAUUCCGAAAGUGAAAAUAAGCGUCUUUUGGAAGCAUAUCGGAUUGAAAUGGAACAUAAAAUGUCACAAAAACAACAACAGUUAGAUACUGCCGAAGAACAUGGAAAAUCGUUGAGUGAACGUUUACAAGCUUUGGAAGUUUCAGAACAACAACUACGGGUUCAACUUACCCAGACAGAAUCGUCAUAUGCCGGUCGUUUACAAGCUGCAGCCGAACGAGAACAAGAACUUACCGAACGCCUUAAACAACAAACCAAAGAAUUAGAUAAAUUAAAAGCUUUGAAAGAGAACAAUGAAAGAGAACUUAAAGAAAAACUGAAUCUCUCAAACGACGAAGUUGCCGUUUUAAGAACUUCUCGCAGAAGUCUUAAUGAAAGUGGGGUCGGCUCGCCACGUAAUACUUCAUCGUUAACAUCAUCUACCCAUAUGGAGUUGAAUCGCUUGCAAAGUGAAGCAGAAAGUUUAAGAUGUGUCUUGGAGUUAAAGCAGAAAGAAAUAUCCAAAUUGACAAAACAAAAUGAAGAAUUAUUAAGAGAUGCUGAUGAGAAAUUAGCAUUACAAGCUAAAAUCUCCUUAUUAGAAUCGAAAAAUGAAAUGUUACAUUCGGAACUAGAGAUUAAGUCGGAAAAAGAAAAAGAAUACCUACGACAGAUUGAUGAAGUCCAAAAGGCCUUUAGCCAUGAAACUGUCAAACGUACUCGUCUCUCUUACGACAACGAAGCCUUGCAAUGGCAAUUGAAACAACGCUCCGAACAACUACAUAUUGUAGAAACAAAAUUACAAGAACUCUCUGCUCAUGACAUCUCCACCACCUCAGUAGCCAAUCGUUCUUCACAAAAUGGCGCUUCAUUAACCUCCUCCAUUCACAUGGAUGACAUUUCACCUCCCACUUCCCCCGUCAUUAAAGGUGUCAUUGAAAAAACAGAUUCAGUGUCUUGGGUCCUUGAAAUGGAUGAUGAGACUCCUGAAGCGGCAGCCUCUAAAAUGGUAAAACGUGCCGGAUCAUUUAGAUCUGUAGAACGCAGUCCUUCGACAAGACGACAAUUGUCGGUUAGUGCCAGUGCGGCUUAUAGUGGUAAUAUGACAAAUUGUAACUCUAGUUUAAUGGAGGUGGCUGGUCCAAAUCCCCUAUCCCAGUCUAUGUCGGCCACAUCAGUGAUAAGAGAACAUUCCAAAGUUGAAGUAAAUGAAUUUAACAACCGCUCUCAUCCCCGUAUACGCUCAAAGUCUGUAAGCAUAAAGGGUUGCGAAAGCAUUCAGCCACAGCCCAAAUCAUCUAAAAAAGUUUCUAGACAAUUAUCUGGCGGUUCUAGUUCGAGAAAAAAUGAACUCUCCACUAACUGGAAAGAACCUGUGCUAACUAGCUCUCCUUAUGUAAUGAGACCCAGAUCGUCGACCCUUAAAAUUGAUAACGAAUCUGAGGAAGUAUUAUUUAGACGCAGUUCGGCUAGCAAGUUAAUUACUUGCGACACUUCUGCCUUAAAUAAAGGUGAACGCUUAGAAAUGCGUUCCUUACCUUCCCAUCCCUCUGUACAGGAUUUGAAAGUCAUCAAAAAAUGUCAAGAAAUUCAAGAAUCUGCAGGUGAAGCAAUGGUUUCAGGCACAAAUUCAGAAGAUGAAAGUUGUUCCGCCUCCUCAGAUGAUGUGGUCAGUACAGCUUCGUCUUCGGCAGCAUCUGAUUCAACAACUUCAUCGAAUCAACUGAAAAAUUCACGCAUGUCUUUUGAGGAAGUGUUGCUUAUAGAGAAAAUUAAUAGCUUAUCUGGCACCCCUAUGGAGGUUAGCUGGUCUGAAGAUGCUGACGGUCUAGGCAAUAGCUCUACACUAUGACACGAAUUUCGCGAAAUGUAUCAAGUCCACGAAGAUGACGAGGACAGUUUUUGAAAAUAUAAAAACCUUAACCAAAACAGGAAAUUGUUGUUUAAAAGAUUAAAAAAUUUAAAGAAAUGAAUGUAUGAAUUGCAGACAUAAUUGAAAAACCACACAACAAUUGCAAAAAUCAUAAUUGGCAAAAAAAGAAGAAUAUUGGAUAUACCGUUAUUCAGCUGAAACUUUUGACUCUUUUUCAUUUUACAUCUCACACAAAAUGAUUGCUCUCGAAUACCGGAGCUGAAGGAGUUUUUAUAUGUAUGUGUAUUGUGUAUACGUCUCACCAGAACUUAAAAUUUAUAAAUAGCAUAACUAUAUAGCAUAACAAUAUUAGCAUACUAUCUAAUCCAGCAACAAUCCUUUGGUGCGUUUAAAAUAUAAUAAUUUUUGACUUAUUUCCUUUUCACUUUACAAGUUUUUCAACUCUUAAUAUUAUUAUUAACGUUUAGUUUAAUUUUUACCUUUAAAAUGAAAUAUACUUGAAAUUUUGUUAUGUACAUAUUUUAUUUAUUUAUGCGAAUUUAUAAAAUAUCUCCCAAAAAUAAAACAUGCAAAGAAAAAUAAAAAUUAAAAUGAUUAAACAAAACAUAAAAUAUAUUUAAAAAUCUUAACAAAUUUGCUCUUAAUGUCUCUUAUACUUGUGUUGUACGUAUGAGAGAUCAGUGAUAUAUUACUAAAAAAAACUAAAAUAUAAAAAGGAUAUUGAUUAUAAUCUUAGAAAAUUGGUAAAAACAAAACAACGUAUUUAAAUGUAUUCUCAAUCAAAGUAAAUACAACUUUUAUUUAUGAGAGUUAUAAGAAAAACUAAAACUAUACUAAAAACAAAUUAUUAAUUUGUUGAAAUUUUGGUUAGAAAAAAUUGCAAGAUAAAAUUGCUGAAAAUAAUACCACAAAAUGCCGUCUUUUUACCACAGAAUUUGAAGAAAUUUUUGCUAAUGUCAAGUUUAAGACAUCAUUUUUAAUUAUCAUAUUGUUAUUCGAAUUUUAGAUAAAUUAUGUUUUAUAAAAGUGCAUAUUUGUUAGUUCAUAUAAUUUGAGUUUAUUAAUUUUAAUCAACUUAAUUUGUUAAAUGUGAUUAUUUACUGAAAAAUGUUUGAGUUUUGAAGAAAAUAUAAUUAACUUCCUCUUCUUUUUUUAACAAUUAAUACAAAGAACAAUAUUUUUGUUAAAAAUGGUGUGAGAAUAAAUUAUGUAAUUGCUUUUAAUUAUUUAUUUAACAUUACAACGUUUAUUUCUUUAAGAAUUUUGUGUAAUACAUUGAUUCUAAAUUUAAUUUACUUGGAGAGUUUCAAAAGAUAAAUCAAUACUAAAGUAUCUGUAGUAAAUAAGUCAUAGUAAUAGUAAUUAAAUUAAUAUGUAAAUUAUUAUCUAAUUAUUUAUUUGUUCAUUUUAUAGUAAAAACACAAUUUAACACUAAGUUAUUUUAAAAACGUUCAAGUCUUAUACAACGUUUUCCCACUUUAUUUAAAUUUGGUUUUAAGAUUUCCCUCGAACACAUUUGACCACAUAAUUCUUUUCUUGAAUAUAAUAGCUUAUGAAAUUUUUCAAUAUUUGCAAUAAUUAAACUCCUGAAAAAAGCUUUAGUGUGCAUAUUUAAAUUAAAAAAAGGAAUUUACGCUACUUAUGCAUUAAAAAUCAAAUAUAUUAAAUUAAUUACAUAUUUUCACAAGUCAUUUGUAUUCUUAAUAACAAAAAUCUAUUGAUAAUAGUUUUGAGAAAUGUUUUAACUUAGAGCAUUUUUCGAAAUUCAUUUUCCAGGCAAAGCAAAGAUUAAAAAGAAUUCCAACAAGAAAUCGUUUUUUUUUUCUUUACUUUUUUAAGAGACCAAUGUUUUAAUGUAAGUUUAGUUAGUAAUUUAGUUAAUAUGGAUCACAAUUAAUUAUUACAACAAAAGUUACAUUUAUAUAAUUAUAUUAAAAAACAGGAACCCAUUUUACAAAAUGUUGUUCUUCAGUUUUAAACAAAUUUUAGCUUUAAUUUAUUUGUUAUGUUUAUUUACAUUGUUUUGUUUAGUUUUUAGUUGAAUGUUGGUAUAAUUCUCGUAACAAAUUUGAGUAUGUAUUUUCAAGAAAAACAAUGUAUCUUAAAUAAAUAAAGUUGAAUUAAAAAGUCAAAUUAAAUUCAAUGUAAUUUGUCCAAGUAAAACUUGUUUAUAAAUCAGCUUAAUUUAUUGAGUUUCUUAUUAUUAACAUAUAAAACGUAAUUUAUUAUUACCUUUUUAAGUAUUUUAUUAUGACAAAAUUUUUAAUCAUAAUAGAAAUAUCCUUAUAAUUUAAUAUACAUAUAAACAAAUUUAAAAAAUAACCGCAUCUACCAAGCGAAAUAAUAAUAGAUAAAACAACAUUAGAAUAACAUUUAAGCAAUUAUAUAAAAUAAUAAUCCCCGCCCUGCAUAAUGUGUAUGUUUGUAUGUCUGAGUGGUGUUUAAUUAUGGUAAAGAAAUAUAAUGAAAAGUAAAACCCAGGAGUAAUGUUUAAGUAUAGCAACAAGAAUAAUAUAAUAAUUUAUCAGCAAUUUUUUUGCUAACAACAAAAAUAUAAAAUCAAUUAAAGUAACAAAUGAAGAAUACAGUAUAAUUGUUUUCAACCACA